AUGGCACCCCUAUUCACCGUCCCGAUCAGCUCGACCGGGGGCUCGAUUGUCUGCACGAACCCCAGCGCAGCUCCCGAGCAUGCGACCAUAUAUGUGCUCACCUUUAGCUCGCCUCCCGACAACCGGCUGACGCCUAUCUUCAUUGAUGCCAUGCUGCUUGCCCUCGAUAUUAUCGAGCACCGCUAUCCCAAGGGUGUCGUAGUCACCACCAGUGGAAUUGUCAAGUUCUACAGCAAUGGCCUUGAUCUCGACAUUGUCGCGCAGACCGAAGGUUUCCUUGAGAACUGGCUGUGGCGGUUGUUCCGACGCUUCUUGACAUACCCUAUGCCAACAGUGUGUCUCCUAAAUGGUCACGCCUUUGCCGGUGGCUUUAUGUUGGCCAUGUACCAUGACUACCGAAUCAUGAACCCAGACCGUGGCUUCGUCUGCGUUAACGAGCUGGAAUUUGGUGUCCCGCUCCAGACGCCCAUGAUGAGCAUCUUCCGCGAGAAGCUGACGCCAACCACCUUCCGCAAUGUUGUCCUCGAGGCCCAUCGCUUUGGUGGACGUGCGGCAUUGCAGGCUGGUAUUGUCGAUGCCGUUGGCGGUGCCCAGGAAGCUCUUGCAUUGAUCCAGGAGCGCAAGCUCCAGACUAAGGCUGCCACGGGUAUCUAUGGCACCAUGAAGGAGGAGAUGUAUUCGCGGGUCUUGAGUGGCUUGGAUGAUCAUGAGGGAAACUUGAAGUGGCGGGAGAAUGUUGAGACGACGAAUGAAUCAGUCAAGAAGAGGGGAUUGCAGGCGGUGCAGGAGUUCGAGAAGAACGGGAAGGCGAAGCUUUGA